AUCGUAUUCGUGAUGGCGGCAACACAACGCGAAGACAUUGAUGCACCACAUUUGGAUGUGGAAAAGGCUUGGGAAAAAGCGAAAUUUCUGAAACAAGACUUAGAUAAGGGUGACGGUUGGACACAAAGGUAUCAAAUUGUGAAUGAAUAUAAUUCCUGGACCAAAACAUUUCCAAAUGAGGAGGUUCGUGUUAAAUUGCUUUAUCGCUUCGAGAAUAUGCCGAUGUCUGCCGAGAAAUUUGUAGAAAUGAUGUCUGCAGACAAAAGGGAAUGGGAUAAGAACUCAGGUACGUCCGUAGCGAGGGAGUACUGCCUGAAUAGACCUGUAUAGGCUAUCUUUAAAACAGGGAACGGGGAAUCGCCGAAUCGGAGGAAUCCGGUGUCCCAGGAAUAUUCCGCCCUCCCCCCGUACAAUUCGCCCCCCAGGCACAGAAUAAAGAUCAGUAACAGAAGGGUCACUCAGCUGUGCAACGUGUCCUCGUUUUCUUAUGCAAAAAUAUGCAGUUUACUGGCCAGAAGGUGGAGCAGCCAGCCAGUACAGCGCGUUUAUUGGCCAGAAAAUGUCAUUGACUGGCUAGGAAAAUGGCGGCCAGCCAUAAUGCGACAUUCGCGAGCACAGAAAGUUCGGAGCUUCCGACGUAUAUAAGUGGCCCUUCUGUAUGGAUCUUUAUUGUGGGGCGAAAUUCCUAGGAAAUUCGCCCCGACGCCCCCUUCAGGCUGCUAGUACUGUUCUAGAACAUUUGGAACACUCAACACUGUUCUGAAACGAUAUGAAAUGGAGUGCAAACGAUGUUCUGGAACAGUGUUUAGUUUAUUAUAUAUGCGUGCAACCAUGCAUUACUAUAUUAACUAGGGUACCUGCAAGGUAGGGAUUGCUGCGGGCAUUAAAAGCAAAUAGAACUACAGUAAACAGCACAAAUUAUAUCAAGCACAGUGAUUACUUGCAGCGACUAGUGAGCUGUGAAUGGAACUGAGAAGAAGCAAUAUAUAUUGAAGUAGCAAAGAACAGGGGUUAAAGGGCAAUCAGAGGUGACAGAUAUUAAACAUGUGCGUCUCAUUGACAUACAAGUAAAUUAAUAUCAGAUUUCAUAUCAAGUCUGUUUACUACUAGGGCAUUUACCACAUUAUAUAGACUAUAUACACAGAUUUAUCACACUAAGAAACCAAAACUUUAUAAAAAUAUAGAACUGACAGUGGCCAAAGUCCAAAACAAAUGUAAGCGUAACAUUAGACUUGAAAGUUUAAAAUUUGUGUUCUGCGCAUAGAAAGCGCGCACGACCACAAUUCCAUGCGCUAAAUAAAAUCACAGUUAAUAAAAUUUAGUUCAAAACCCCCUCUCUGCACAUAUUAGACAUAUUAGGCUGCUGCUACGCUCGCUCGCUUCAGGCUCGCUCGCUCCGCAGCAAUUAGUUAUUGGCAUAAUAAAGUUACAAUGAUUCGCUGUUAUUUGUACAUCUACGUAUGCUUUUGCAACGUUUUUACUCGUUGAUUUUGCCCAACCCUGGCGUUCAAAUAGCAUAAAAUAAGUAUAUGUCGAAAUAUAGCGGUUAACCCUUCAAAAUAACGUUUGAAUUCCCAGGCACCUAAAAUCUUUUGUCCUUACAGUAAAAAACUGAAUGUCGAUUUCUUGGGAAAUUCCGAGGUUCCGUUUUUUUUUUAUACACCGCGCUUCACAGCACACCACGCAUAUUUUGCAUUUUCAGUUUUAAUCCUUAAAACUCAUUGUUAAAAAGUACUAUAUGUUUUUUUUAUAAUCACACCGUUUAAUUUCAUUAUAAAGAGCACUAAAAAUCUACUUGUCUCUACCGAUGCAGUAUUCACAAAAUUAUUCAUUGGACAUAAAAAAACUUGAACCCUAGUAAUAAUUUAACAACUCUAAUUGCUUUGAAUUAAUGGUUGGGUAAGAACACAUUACAAGGUGUUGUACUCAGGGGACAAAACUCAAAGAAAUAAAAAUUAGAAAAUUUAAAAGAAAUACAGUAUUUCUUUUAGCUUCUUGCGAACAAUUUUGGCCAGUCGAAAGCAGACUUUAUUAAAAUUACAUGACGCUAUUCAGAAUUGCCAGAGAUUAACUUGUAAUUUUUAUAUUAUAAUUUCAGUUUUGGAAAUAUUGGAGAAGCUACCAAAUGGUGGAUGUAUUGCACGUUCAGUUUUGAAUUUAUCCUCUCCGUUGAGUAACCGCGACAACGUAGUAUAUAUUUCACCUCCGUGCGAAACCAGCGACUGGUUUGGCAAAAAAGCUUUUGCUAUUUUCUUCCUGGAUGCCACGCAUCCUUCCAGGCCAGCGGGGGCUGACGGUAUUGUUCGCGCAACGAAUGGUGGGAAUUUUUACAUCGCCGUGCAAGACGAAGAAGAGCCUGAGCACAAGUGUGAAACGUUGAUGUUAGCAACCAAUAAUUACAAUGGAAAACUUCCGAAGAGUAAUGAAUGGUUGGUUGCUAAAAAAGCUCCCAAAUUUUUCUACAAUAUACGACAGAGUGUUGUUGAAGGAUACAAAGAAUACUUUAACAAUUAAACGUAAUAAAUUUGCUGUUAAAGUAAAUUCCUUAAUGGCAAUAUAUAUAUUUUUCAUUUUCUCAUUUGGAAGAACUUUUAAGAUUAUAUAUAUAAUACUCUUUUAGCGUUUUUUCGUAUCCGGCUCACUUCUACAAAUAUUUUGAUCGAAAAGAAUGAAAUGUUCGCCAUCUUCAUUUUUUUAUAUAUUUAGCUUGUUGUUAUGAGGUGAAAUUGACACUUCUCCUGGCACAUUUUGAUUAGAUACCAAAAAUAUAAAAACCAUAGUGUGUGGGUGGAAAGUAACUCUGAUGAGGCUCUGUAUGUAAUUACAGAGCAUAAUUGCAGGUUAAUGAGAUUUCUAAUAGCUAGUGAUGCAACAUUGGUUAGAAGAAAUGAAAGGUAAUUGAGGAUUCCCCUUGCAUUGUGGUUAUAGUGGUAUCACUGAUAUUCAAGAUGGUAUAUUUUUUGUCCUGACCCGUGCAAGAACUAGUUUUAAAAAAGCUAGGGUCAGGUGCGCCGUGCGCGAUAGCCAACAGCAAAAUAUUCACGAAAACAUUCAAUAUUUUCAUUCGAGGCCGUAAUCACUAACCGAGAUGACAUUCAGCCCAGACUGAAAACUCUACAGGGUGUCCCCAAAAGAAAACUAUUGAAAUCACAUAUUGUUAAAAUUGAAUGCCCUACCAAAAAGCUGAACGUAAUGACGUGUAAAAUAUUGACAAGGUGCAUUUAUUAGCGAUACCAUGCACUAUAACCACAAUGCAAAGCGCUACGAAAACGUAAUAAGGGGAAUCUAGUAUUCAGGGUUCAAGUUACAAUUUCCAGUGGUAUCUCCUAUUACACUUCAUUUUCAUUUUAUAUGGAAGUGAGCUAGCAUGCCUCGUGACAGGGGUCACGAAGAUGAUUACCUGGGCUUGCUCGCCUACCAUACUGUAGUUGAGUGUUUAUAUGCUUUGAAAAUUAUAUCGAUAGUAG